GUUUUUUCUCGUGGCCCCUGAAUUUUCCCCUCCCUUCUCCGCAGCAUUUCCGUCGCCCUUCUUUUAACAAGCAAACCCUCCACGGUGUUUUUAUUUUCACCUCCUCACCACACAAUCCCCUUCUCCGUCUUCCUGCGGAUUCUCUGCCAGCUUCCGGCCGCUCCCCGCCUCCUCCGGCGACUGAAAUUCCCUCCUGUUGCUGGAGAAAUGCGUGAGCAGCUUGCCGCAGCUUGAUGAGCGUCCAGCCAUGCCGACGCUACAUGGUCCUCUUCUGUUCGUGAAUCCUGGAGCUUACCAAGAGCCGAAAUCAUUCCCGAAAAGCACCGCCAGUCCAUUUAACAACUUGUUAGGCUGCAAUACGGUUUGUAGUUCCAUCGAAGGCCAUCAUGUACAGAAGCCACACAUUGUUUCUAGCUUCAGAGUUAACUUUACCAGAGUCAGCCAUUAUCUUCAGAGAAGCUUAAAUGAGAGAACUACACGGCACUGGCUGCAUCGAUUUCAUGUUAAUGCUUCAUCGGACGAGGACUUUCGCUCGUCGCGUAAUAUAGCAACCAGCCUAUUCAAGCAGUAUAAGAAUGUCAUUGAUCGAGGAGGCGGAGAUAACAUAAAAGGGUUUGUUAGUGCUGGAGUGCAAGCAUAUGCCCUAGGCUGUACAGAAGAGGGGCUUAGAAAGGAACUUAUGGAUAUAAAAAAAUCUGGUGUCAAGAUCGAAGGCCUGCAAUCCUAUGGAGGAACAAGCUUGAGCUUCAAAGUUCGUUCUUUUGAGGUAAAGGAGUGCAUUCUGUGGCUCAGUAUAGUGUUCAUUACAAUCCUAUGCACGCCACAGCCGACGGUCAUCAGGUGGUCUACCACCCCACCAGUGUCGGCGGAUGUCUUGCAUCAGUGGAAAGGAUUUUGUGCCCUGAUAGCAAACGCUUACUACACCAAAGGCAUGGCAUGGCUGCCAGUGAAAACAUUGCAGCUGGAACAGAUGGCUGUGACAGGCAGUUCAGAGGAGCCAUCGCUAGUAGCAAGUCGGAUGCAGCUAGUUUUCAGUACGUUAGAGGUAGUCAGCCCCCAAUGGCCAAGAGUGUGAUGGAAGGAAGAGCAAGCAAUAUGAUCAUACAAAGGCCUGCAAGUUUACAGAACCCAUGCCUCAUCCAAAGCCAGGGACGAAUCUUCUUUCUCUAAUGUGAAUGUACUGAAGAAACAGGUCUAUUGUACUGAAGAUUGUGAAAUAUUUGGUAAAUACAUGUAUAUAGAACCCACAGCUGCUGUAAAUCUUCGUCUUCAGCUACGAUAUAAUGGAACCGGACAUGUAUGUGCUUGCUACACCUUUGUGGUUCGCACACUUUUCGCCGUGAA